GAGGAAUAUAGCAAGAAAUUCCCAUGACAAUCCCACUAGAUCCCAUGACCGCCGAGAUGACCGUUACGCAGCCAGGUUUGGGGACCGGCAGAACGAAGACCGUGAAAAAGGAGUAGCAACUCAUUCCCAACAGCGUUCACUGGGGCACUCCGCAGGUCAUUCCCAACAGCUUUCGCCGGGGCAAUCUGCACGUCACACCCGACAAUACUCACCGAGGCACUCUGCGGGACCGUCCUAAGCACAUGUGGAGGACAGCCAGGGGCUGCUCCCUGAGGAAAUAUGCGAAGUUAGCAGCGACGGCAGAGCUUUGACUGUGGUGAACACCCGGGCCGGUGAGAGAACCACCUACCGGGUGGCUCAACAGCACAUGGGUUCCCCACCAAGAAAGGAAAAUAUGAAGGCAACAUCAGGGGCCAAGAGACGGCACUCACUUGAGCAGAGUGUCGGCGGUCGAAGACCCCGAAUUCCACUCUUCAACAAGAGUUCAAGGGAUGCCAUCCCCGAGACGUAUGUAGCACCGUCGGCAGUCAUUGCGCCGAACCCUUAGGUCAUGGCUAUAACCACAACUGAAAAGUUGGGAUUGCUUUUCACCCAGGCUAUCGCCGAGGAAGUUCCCCCUUCUAACUUCAAGGUCCCAAAGUUUAAUACCUACAAUCCCAAGUCGGACGCACCGACCCACGUUCAACAAUUCAGGUCGAUGUCAGCUUUCUGUGGACUCAGCGAAGCCAUGAUGUGUCGAACGUUCUCCCUAAGCCUACCUGACACUGCCAUGUUGUGGUACACCCAGCUUAAACCAGGAUCUAUCAAUAGUUUUGGGGAAUUGGAGCGUUCGUUCACGGCCCGAUUUGUAGCGAGCAAUCGGCGGCCGAAGACGAUUGAAGCUUUGACAGAUUUGCGACGGAAAGUCAGCGAAUCCUAGAAGGAUUACUCUGAACGCUUCUAUAAUCUCCACAAUGAGCUUUAUCGGCCUUCUCCUUUCGAGGUGAUGGGGGUACAGCCGUCUAUGAAACACAAGAUGGAUGUUCGUCACAUGUGGGAGAUCACGUUCACCGAGCAGGACAUGGAGGGGGUGUCUUUUCCCCACAAUGACGCUUUGGUCCUCUCAAUACCCUUCCAACGGAAAUUGGUCCAGCGAGUGUUGAUUGACCAAGGCAGCUCGGUGGAGAUUCUGUAUUACUCAGCGUUCAAGGCCAUUGGCCUCUCCAAGGAUCAAUUGUCUCCAGUGGACGCCCCUCUAGUUGGUUUUAUAGGGAUUCCAAUCUACCCGGUUGGCCAGAUAGUACUCCUAGUUUUUGCCGGUUCAGUGCAACUUGACAUGGAGUUUAUUGUGGUCAACUCGCCGAGCCCCUACAAUGCCAUUCUUGGCCGUAACUGGUUGCACGACAUGGCUGUUGCAUCCACACUCCACCAAUGUGUUCGAUUCAUCGGCAAGUCUAGACGGCAGGAAACCAUUAAGGGAGAUCAAACGGCUUCCAAAAAAUUCUUUGUUAAUUCCGUUCGUGGAAAAGGCAAGGCAAAUGAACUUCAGUGGAUUGAGGUCCCCGAAUUGUCGGACGGAGUAGAGCCCGGCAACGCAGUCAAGGAAGCACUUCAGGGACCAGAUGAAAUUGGCAGAUCGGCCUCUGAUAGAGCCGUGGAAGAUCUAGUUCGGAUACCAAUCGAUGAGGAUGGGACUCGGUUCUUUUUGGUUGGCUCGGAACUUAAUGAGGCCGAGCGCGGUCACUUAGUCCAGUUCCUCAAGGAUAAUAUAGAAGUCUUUGCCUGGACCCCGUACGAUAUGCCAGGAGCGAGCCCUGAUGUGAUAAAGCAUUCGUUGAAUGUUGAUCCAGGCUUGAGGCCCAUCGUUCAGAAGCCGCGCCGAGCCUCCGUGACGCACGCUGACGCUGUGAAUGAAGAGGUUGAACGCCUUCUGGAUGCCGAAGCAAUCCGUGAGGUUAAGUAUCCAACUUCGUUGGCAAAUCCGGUGGUAAUUUGGAAGAAAAACGGCAAAUGGCAGGUAUGCGUCGAUUUUACCGACCUAAAUGACGCGUGCCCCAAGGACUGUUUCCCUGUCCAUGGAUCAACCAGUUGGUGGAUGCCACCACCGGAUACGCGCGAUUGAGCUUCAUGGAUGCAUACUGGGGCUAUCAUCAAAUCGCCAUGGAUUAGAAGGAUCAAGAAAAGACAACCUUCAUAACCUCCAAUGGCACUUAUUGCUACCUGGUGAUGCCUUUUGGGUUGAAAAAUGCCGGGGCCACGUUUCAACGGAUGAUAGCCUUGCUGUUCAAAGGGUUGCUCGGUCGGAUAAUGGAGGCUUAUAUCGACGAUAUGGUUGCCAAAAGCAAGGACACAACCGACCAUCUUCUCCACCGCGGUGAAAUAUUCAACGUGCUGAAAAGGUUCGGCUCACAGCUUAAUUCCGAGAAGUGUGCGUUUGGUGUCGGGUCAGGCAAGUUCCUUGGCCAUUUGGUCACGCACCGAGGGAUUGAAGCUAACCUAAGCCAGAUCAAAGCUAUCCAGGAUCUUAGGGCACCCGCCACGGUGAAAGAAGUCCAACGUCUCACCGGCAUGGUGGCUACUCUUAACCGUUUUAUCAGCAAAUCCUCGGAUGUCUGCCGACCAUUUUUUCAAUCAAUUAAGGGCAGUAGCCAGAGAAGCUUUCCCUGGUCAGCGGAGUGCGAUCACGCUCCCGCCAAGCUGAAAUUGUGCUUAUCCCGAGCCCUCUUGUCGUGCCGAAGGAAGAAGAGUUAUACCUCUACCUCGCUGUGUCUGAACAUGCCACGAGUGUAGUGUUGGUUCGGCAGGAACGCACCGAGCACGGCACUGAUCAACAGCCGAUUUAUUACAUUAGCAAGACGCUGUUGCCCGCCGCGACCCGCUACAUGCCAAUCGAGAAGUUGGCAACGGGUCACGGCGAAGAGGAAGCUCGUGCCGUACUUCCAAAGUUUCACCAUUGUGGUCAUCACCGAGUAUCCAUUGAAGACCGUCCUCCGGAAGGCGGACUUAUCGAAUCGACUUUGCAAAUGGUCCCUAGAGUUGGCUAAUUUCGAUAUUCGAUAUCAUCCCCGAACGGCGAUCAAAGGAAAAGUGCUGGCAGACUUUGUCACCGAGCUCUCUCCUAGCCUAGCCCUAAUACUGAAGACGGGGAUGAACCCACGUUGAUUGAUGAUUCAAUCGUGUCAGAUCCCGGACCUCAGUUGAGCCACCCAAUGCAUGGUGAAUUUAUCACUAAGCGCCCCAUCCCCUUACACCGAGCAAAGAUCUUCACCGGCCAUGCCUAGCGUUUUCACGUCGACGGUGCAUCUAACAACCGAGGGGCCAGCACCGGGAUAGUGUUGGUAUCACCAAGCGGAACAAUGCAUGAGCAUGCCCUCAGCAUUGGCUUCCCCGCCACCAACAAUGAGGCCAAGUAUGAGGCCCUAAUUGCCGGGCUUCGCCUCGCUUGGCAUAUGGGCGCCAAUGAAGUCCAAGUUUACAGUGACUCUCAGCUCGUUGUGAACCAACUCAACGACGAUUAUGAAGCCAAGGAUGCACAUGAAUAAGUACAUGGGCCAGGUCAUUGCUUUGACAGGUUCGUUUAAGAAAGUGGUUUUUGAUCAUGUUGGCAGGGAUCCUAACUCACACGCCGAUGCUUUGGCUAGCCUUAGAGCCAUCUGUGCCACACAUGACGACAGUCAAACAAUAGUCCUUAGCGACGUUCCUUCAUCGAGCUUCGAGCCAGAGCUACAGGAGGUCAUGGAAAUUCAUCUGGCACCAAGCUGGAUGGAUCCCCUUGUCUCCUACUUGAAGCUUACCACCCUUCCUACAAUUCGCAAGGAGGCUCAAAGAUUUGCUGCCAAUCCGCCUCCUAUUUCCUUGAUCCCUUCGGCGUCCUGUAUCGCCGGUCUGGUCUUACACGGAUCCCGACCUCCGUAUGGUUCAUGAGCAGUAAGUGCCAAGCAUCCUUAAAGAACUCCAUGGUGGGAGUGCUGGCUGCCACAUUGGCAGCCGAUCCUUGGCUGACCGUGCCCUUUCUCAAGGUUACUAGUGGAAGAAGAUGGUACACUCUGUUACCAAGUUUGCCAAGCAAUGCGAGUCGUGCCAAAAGCACUCUCCGCUUCUCCACCAGCCGACCCUGCCCCUACAACCAGUCUCUAGCCCUUCGCCCUUUGCCCAAUGGGGCCAAAAGCCCUCAGCGGUUUCACGCACAUCAUUACUGCCACUGAUUACUAUACCAAGCGGGUGGAGGCCAAGGCGCUCAUUACAAUCACGGCUGUUAACGUGGAGAAUUUUCUUUGGAAGCAAAUCUUCACCCGGUUCGAUGUGCCAUAUGCCAUCAUGUCUGACAACAGCACCCAAUUUGUGGCUGACGCCAUCAAAGCCCUGUAUAAGAAGCGCAAUAUUCAGAUGAGACGGCAUCCGUCUCCUAUCCUCUGAGGAACGGGCAAGCUGAGGCCGCCAACAAGGCCAUUUCCGCAGCUCUAAAAAGCCGACUCACCAAUAAACGUGGCAAGUGGGCGGCCAAGUUGCCCGAUAUGCUGUGGGGCUAUCGUACCACCCCACAGCGAGGCACCGGCCGGACCCAUUACUCUAUGGCGUUCGGCUUUGAGGCUGUGCUCCCGGUGGCGGUUACUUGCCCCACAACUCGAACUGCUAGUUUCGAUGUCCUGGCGAAUGAUGCCAUGUUGGCCUCCGAGGUGGAUCGUGUUGACGAGCUCCGAGACGACGCCCACAUUAGGUACGCGGCCUACCAGCAGCAGUUGGCUCGGGGCUAUAACAAGAAUGUACAGACCCUGCCUUUCAACGUGGAAGAUCCUGUCCUUUGACAGGUGGUCCAGAAGAAAGACCGGAAGAAAUUCAUCCCAAGUGGGAGAGGGUCCAUUCCGGGUUGUUAAGAAGGUGGGCUAUGGUUCUUAUGAACUCUCCGAAAUGGAUGGCAUGGCUGUGCCGAACUAUUGGAAUGUGCAGCUGCUUCGGAAGUUUUAUGCGUAAUUUUUUUCUUUUCCUUUUAUGUUCUCAGCUACUUGUGUAAUCCUUCAACUCUUCCGUUUCAAUAAAGUUCUUGUUUGGCAAUUCUUUGUUUAUUCACAAUUGGAUUGUUCCCCUCGGUGGGUUUCUUGUGCUCAUUCUCUUAAGUCCUCAUUACGACUUGAAGGGCACCGGGGCAUGCUCUUUUAGUUCCUGUUCGGCGGAAUGGCACAUGACAUAUCCUAAAGGGGGCAUGCCCGGCUUUUGCCUCCACUUUUGCUUCGGCAGCACCUUACGCCGCUGUGGUAUGUGUCUGCCGAUGCAAGAGCUGGGUAAGGCAAAGGCUGGGGCUACAACAUCGAACCAACCGUGUGCAUGAAGUGCAAUACAUGGGCUAACGUGUGCAUAAACAAUAGAUGAAAAUUUUCAUUCAUUCACCAUCCAAAAUUUACAAUUACUGGGGCUCGACAAUGGGAAAAUGUUUUGUGCCGACCCCAAAUACAAAAAAAAACAGGAAACAAAAAGAAAAGUACAGAAGGUCUAAGCUCCGGAGGUGCGGUCCAACUGCUGGGAAGGAAACAGAUGGCUCGGAAGUUGCACGGUGGGUACCACUGGAGGCUUCUUUCGGUGGUCAACCUUGUGAACCUCGGCGUAAUCAAGCCCGACCUGGUACCCAAGUAGGAACGAACUGUUGUGGGUCUCCUCAAUCCCCCUCCUUGAAGGCAUUCUUGACCAGGCCCUCCACCUACUGCUUAUAUUGCUCACCUGCUGCUUAUAUUGCUCCUGCUUAUAUUGCUCCCAG